UGCUAGUGUAAUCAUUUGCCAGUUGAUGUUAUUAUGAAUACCUUUGCCGAGCUUAUAACUUCUCUUCUUCCCUCUUCAUGCUGUUUGCUAUACCUAGGUUUUUAAUUUUAAUGUGGUCAGGUUGAAAUUUAAUGUAGUCAUAUCAGUCAGUCCUUUCCCCUUGACGGAUGCCCCACUUUCUGUAUCUUAUUAAGGAAAUCUCUCCGGUUGCAGCGCGAGGAAGACAGAAGCGCCCUCUGGCCUCGCACAGCGCCUGCCGUCACCGCCGCCAUGCCUAAGAGGAAGGCCAAAGGGGACGCCAAGGGCGACAAAGCCAAGGCGAAGGACGAGCCUCAGAGGAGGUCGGCUCGUUUGUCAGCCAAACCUGCUCCUCCCAAGCCCGAGCCCAGGCCUAAGAAGGCCCCGGCAAAGAAAGGGGAGAAAGCGCCCAAAGGGAAGAAGGGGAAGACAGAGAGCGGCAAGGAUGCGAACAACCCUGCCAAAAACAGAGAUGCCGCCGCGGCCCAGUCCCAGAAGGCAGAAGGCGCGGGAGACGCCAAGUGAAGUGGCGUUUGGAUAGCUCCGUGCUGCUAGUGACUCUGCGGUUUGAAAUACUAUUUUUUUUUUAAUCGAGUUUUAUAAAAUUGUAGAUUUUUUUUAAGUUAUGUUGUUAGCACACAGAACACUUUGUUGUGGUCUUUUGUGGAAAGGGCAAAUACCACUCAUGGAAUGUCUCAGAGACUGGACUGAAAUGGGGGGGAAACAGGAUUUUACAUGGUUGUCAUCGCUUGCUCUUGGUUCCCAGGAGAGAGUCUGUGACCGUCACACGUCAGCCCCUUUGGCUCAGAAGCUUUCUAGUGUGGUGACGCAAAUUUCAUGUCUUCUCUUUCCCAACGCCAUCAACAUAGACUUGACUUCCUGAAACCAAGGGCCAUUAUGUGGCAUUGGCGUCCCUAAAGCAUCUAUGUGUCCUUGGGCUUGCCAGUGGUGACUUCGAGAUAGCGUUGCUCAAAAGAGCCAAGGUUCCUGUUUGUAGUUUGUGAAUCAGCCCACUAAGAUCCUGCCGUUUUUCGUUCAUUUCCUCCACAUCAGAGCUGACCUAGGAGCAGCUCUUACAUCCAUGCAAAAUACCCACUCCUGCUGAAAACGUUUCCUGUUCACAGCAACUGCAGCAGGAGACUUUGUUGAUUUUUGAGGGAGCAGAGUUUGGAAGUUGUAAAAUGUUAAGGGUGGUCACUGUGGUCCUGUUGGAAGUCACUGCUUCUGAAAAGUAAAACUGGAUAUAAGUUGGCUUGGUGGUGAGAGAAACCCUUUCCUAUCCAAAGUCCUAGAGAUACUCUUUAUGCCUUGUAAAAGUUCUAUAGUUUUGCUUUUCAUGUUUGUCUUUUGUCUUCCCUGAAAUGAUUUUUGUGAAAAGUGUGAGAUAAUAGGUUUGAUAUUUUUUUCCUUCUGGGUAAGUGAUUGUCCCAGCACCAUUUUCUGGAGUUUCCUUCCCCACUGAUUUGUAACAAUGACUAUUUCAAAAACCAAGUUUGUGUACAUGUGUCUGUUUUGACACAAUGGUUAAUCUGUUUUACACAUGGCAUUACUUUAAAACCCUGAGUGCUACAACUUCAGAAAAAGGUCUUGAUGCCCCAAGAUAAAUCCCACCUCCACUUCUGACACCACCACCAAAUUUUUCUUCCUGGGAAGCAUCUGGGCUGCUCUUAGGCAUCUGUUCGGAAGAACAGCUUCUAGAAUCACACUGUCAAAUUCUAAGUCAAACAAAAAACAAGUUGGAAUUUCUAUUGGAUUUAUAUUGAAUUUCUAGAUUAAUUACAGUAGUAAGGCCUCCAGUCCAUGAACACAGUAUAGCUCUCCAUUUAUUUAGGCUUUUUAAAUGUCUUUCAAUAAAGUUUUAUAAUU